GCGGUGCAUGUCGGGACGUGUAGUCCUCCCGCCGCCUUGAGCGAGUGACCGUUCCUGUGCAGGCCCCGGCGCAGGAGCCUCCGCGGCCUGGAGCUAUGGGACCAAGGCCCCGGGAGGGAAGUCACUUACCAGAGUGCGUGGGUUCUUCAUCCAGAACUCAAGUCUUCUGACUCUUGGGAACAGCAAGACCUGACCUCCCAGUUCCUCUCUCCAUGUGCUUGUCUGAGCAGGCCCACGUCGACCAGGAGUGACUUCGCAAUUGGCCCAGCAUGAACUGGAAGGUCCUUGAACACAUGCCCUUGCUGCUGUAUAUCUUGGCAGCAAAAACCUUAAUUCUCUGCCUGGCAUUUGCUGGAGUCAAAAUCUACCAACGGAAAAGAUUAGAAGCAAAACUGGAAGCUGAGAAAAAGAAGCAGUCGGAGAAGAAAGAUAACUAGAGGGAAAAACCAAAGAGUUUGCGAUUUAAAUGUCGGCCUGAGUGGAUCCCAGCUGAGAAGGAAGCGGAGACCCUUACUGAAUGGGGUGUCGGAGGAUAGACUCCCAACCUAUAGGUUUAACUUAAAAUUGUAUGAAUUUUUUUAUGCCCUUGAAAGAACCAGUAUUUUGUUGACUGAAAUAAAAUACCUUUGUAAAAAGGU